AUGGCUGGCUCCGGGAAUAACAGCAACAUGCUGGUCAAGUGCGAGACCAAGAGCAACCGGGUGAAGGGCUUGAGCUUCCACCCCAAGCUCAGCUGGAUCCUGGCCAGCCUUCACAACGGCACCAUCCAGCUCUGGGAUUACAGGACGGGCAGCCUAAGGGCGCGGUUUUGA